UCUCAUUUUUUAGAAUAAAUCUGUAGAAACCCUUUCAUUCCCUCAUUUUCCGUCUCUCUCCACACUGCCCGCGCUCGCGAUCCACCGUUGCGCCUUAUUUUCGCCGUCCAAACCCUAGAUUCCGUCACCGGAGCUGCGGCGCCUUAUCAGAGUUUGUAGAGCAGCUAUUACGAUUUGCUUCCAGGUCGUUUCGUGAGAUCGGAGAUGUCGGCGGCAGCAGCAGAGGUAGCAGCUCAGCAACCAGUUACUGCGCAAGUUGUUGCGAGCGCAUUUGUGAUUCAGUAUUAUCAUAUUCUGCAUCAGACGCCGGAACAUGUUUAUCGGUUUUAUCAGGACAUAAGUAAGCUUGGUCGUCCACAGGAGGAUGGCACCAUGACCAUCACCACCACUAUGCAAGCCAUAAAUGAGAAGAUUCUUGCCCUCAAACCUCUUGAUUUCUUAGCAGAGGUUAAAUCAGUAGAUUCUCAAGAGUCCUUUAGUGGUGGAGUUCAUGUUCUUGUAACUGGCUAUCUGAUGGGGAAGGACAAGUCAUGCCGCAAUUUUGCGCAGUCCUUUUUCCUUGCCCCUCAGGACAAUGGUUAUUUUGUUCUGAAUGAUAUGCUUCGGUAUCUGGAUAGUGUCCCUGCGAACCCAGCUGUGCUCAAUGACACUGUGCCAGUGCCUGCUGCCCCAGCAACAAUUGUGGACAAUCAUGUCCCUGAUUCGGGGGAUAGCCAGAGGUUCUCGGAGGAUGCCGCACCUCCCGCAGAAGAAGUUGUGGCAGGAGAAGUUUACAAUUCACUUGAGAAUGGUGAUGUGCCGAUCCUUGAAGAAGAAGUCCCGGUGGCUGAGGUUGUUGAUGAAGUAGAAAAUGACGAACAGAUGAUUGUUCAAUCUAGUGCCAAAAUUGAGGAAUUGCCAAAGAAAUCUUAUGCAUCUAUUGUGAUGCAUCUCAAGGAAAGUGUUGCAUCUUCCCCACGCCUGCAAGUGGCUCCUAGGAAACCUCCACCAAAGAUUGUAGAGCCAAUGCAUCCACCUUCUUCCACAGUAACCGAUGGACCUAUUUCUGGUUCAGAAGCUGUUGAUAAUGGAAACAACGCUGAGGGUGAAGCUGAUGGCUACUCAAUAUACAUAAAGGGUCUCCCUAUGAAUGCUACUGAGAGCUUACUUGAGGAAGUAUUCAAGAAAUUUGGUACCAUCAAGAGCGAUGGAAUUCAAGUUAGGAGCAACAGACAACAAGCGUUUUGUUUUGGCUUUGUGGAAUUUGAGGAUGCAAGUUCUGUACAAAAAGCUCUCGAGGCUUCUCCAGUGACAAUUGGUUCACGUCAAGCAUUUGUUGAGGAGAAGAGGUCUACUAACACUCGAAAUUCCAAGGGGAGAUUUCAACCAGGAAGGGGUGCUGGAUUCAGAAAUGAAGGAGUAAGAGGACGUGGGAACUAUGGAGGUGGGAGGGGAUACGGGAGGGGUGAUUUUAAUGGCAGGGGUGAGUUUGGCGGCAGGGGUGGCAGGUCCUCAAACCGUGAUGGAUAUCAGAGGUCUGAAAACAUGAGUAGCAAUGGAGGCGGUCGCAUGAACCGUACAGGUGGCCUCACCAAUGGUAACACAAAGAGUAUGGCACCUCGGGUUUCUGCUACUGCUUGAGCGAUGAAGGUAGUCAGUUUUGUUGCUUCAACUAGGAUUUAUUUUAGUUUAUAGGGAAUUUUACAUCUCAAAAUUAUUUUUGUCCAACAGCUAACCCCACUUUGCCGAUUUUGUUCACAAUUUUCCCAUUUUGGGUAUAAAUUAUUUAUCAGUAGGAUGAGAUUAAGUAGGUUCCCUUUUUUAUAUAAAAAAAUAGCCUAUUCAUUGGAAUGAAACUGGUUUUCCCGUUGGAUUCAUUGCUUAUGACAAUGGUAAUGUUAUGCUAUUCUUUCAGUGUGUUUCUUUA